GGCGGCUGGCGAACGGCGGAGUGGCGUGGACCUCAUGUAGAAAUGACAACAAUGGAAGGGGCCAGCGGGUCUAGUUUUGGAAUAGACACAAUUUUGUCUAGUGCCAGCUCGGGCAGCCCCGGCAUGAUGAACGGAGACUUCCGCCCGCUCGGGGAGGCGAGGACCGCGGAUUUUAGGAGUCAGGCCACCCCGUCCCCCUGCUCGGAGAUUGACACCGUAGGAACGGCGCCUUCUUCUCCCAUCUCGGUCACCAUGGAGCCCCCGGAGCCUCAUCUGGUAGCGGACGGGCCCCAGCAUCACCACCACCUCCACCACGGCCAGCCGCCUCCGCCGCCGCCGCCAGCCCCGGCCCCGACGCAAAGUUUGCAGCCUUCGCCCCAACAGCAGCCGCCGCCGCCGCCAGCCUCCCAGCAGCUGGGCUCGGCUGCCUCAGCCCCCAGGACUUCCACCUCUUCUUUUUUAAUUAAGGACAUCUUGGGCGACAGCAAACCUCUGGCGGCGUGUGCACCCUACAGCACCAGCGUCUCCUCUCCGCACCACACCCCGAAGCAGGAGAGCAACGCAGCGCACGAGAGCUUCAGGCCAAAGCUGGAGCAGGAGGACAGCAAAACCAAACUGGACAAGCGGGAAGAUUCCCAGAGCGACAUCAAAUGCCACGGAACAAAGGAGGAAGGAGACCGGGAGAUUACAAGUAGCCGGGAGAGUCCCCCUGUAAGAGCUAAGAAGCCUCGAAAAGCCAGGACAGCUUUCUCAGACCACCAGCUCAAUCAGCUGGAGCGUAGCUUUGAACGGCAGAAGUACCUGAGUGUCCAGGACCGCAUGGACCUGGCAGCGGCACUCAAUCUCACUGACACCCAAGUCAAGACCUGGUACCAGAAUCGCAGGACCAAGUGGAAGCGGCAGACUGCGGUGGGCCUGGAGCUUCUCGCCGAGGCGGGGAACUACUCAGCGUUGCAGAGGAUGUUUCCUUCGCCUUAUUUCUAUCACCCAAGCCUUCUGGGCAGCAUGGACAGCACGACAGCGGCGGCAGCUGCCGCUGCCAUGUACAGCAGCAUGUACCGGACUCCUCCAGCACCCCAUCCCCAGCUGCAGCGGCCCCUGGUGCCCAGAGUGCUCAUCCAUGGCCUCGGGCCAGGGGGACAGCCGGCCCUCAAUCCCUUGUCCAACCCCAUCCCAGGCACCCCACAUCCCCGGUGAAGAAGGAGGGAAGGCAGUGCGUCCUUCCCUGUCCCCGGCCCCAACCUGGACAGCUGCCCUGCCUCUCCCCACACCAGGCUUCCCUUGCGGCCAACCCCGGGAGGCAGAGGAGUAAGAGAGGAAGACCCUCACCGAUGGGCGGGGGGCCCCAAAGAGGAGCCAGCCUCUGUUCUCCAUCCCCACCCCAGAGGCAGGGCUGGAAGGCUCCCCCAGCAGUGUGACUGGUGAAACGCUGACCCCACACAAAGUGAAACCAGUAAGUGAAAACAUCAACAAAAACAAAACCUCAAGUUCUUUUUAAAAACGACUUUAGGGACAAGCAGGAGGGAGGGAGGGGGGAGGGCUAAGGCGGGAAGAAGGAAGGGCAUGGAGAGGAAGAUGGGGCAGAGAGAAUUGUAGGUGGACUGCCAGCCUCAGAUUAGCAGGCAGAAGGUCUUGCUGUGGAUAUUCGUCUGCCCCACAGAAAAGAGGAGGGUGACUGAGAACUUUGCACUGAUUUCUCAUGACCUUUUUUCUUUUGGAAAAGUGGCAUGCUCCAUAAUAUGAAAAAAAAAUGUACAUUUGAAAGACUGAGUGAUAAGUGAUAUAUCAUAUUUAUUAUAUGUUGUCCAAAAAAAGAGUCACUUAUAUACGUUAGUAAAAACAUGAUUUUUCUUUUCAUGUCUUUUUGA